AUGGACUCAAACUUUUUUGAAGAUGAGCAAUUCAACAACAAUACUUGGGAUGAAUACUCUGAUCAAAUGAUUUGUCCAUCUCCUCUUCUGCUUGGGCAUCCUUAAAUUAAAAAGUUUAAUGACGAGGAUGAACAUUCGCUCAUCCAUCUCUAAUAUCAUACUGAUAAUAUGGAUGACGAUUAUAGUCAAUUUAAUUAACCUUCUCAAACUAAUUAAACUACUAUCAAAAAGAAGCUUCAAAAAAUUCAUAAGAGAACCUCAAUUAAAAAAAAUAAAAAUCCACCUUCUCUAAACAAGGUACUUAGUGACUUUAUUUCCUAUGUUAACCUUUCAGGAGAUAAUACUAUCACAUAAAUUCAAUAUUGUUAAUAAAUGAGACAACUUAUUGACAAUCUCGAAGGAAGCCUAUCCAGAAUCAAAUCAUAGAUUUUAAGCUAGUACCAGAAACAGAUAAAUUAGAAAAAUUGA